GCGCUCUGUGGUUCUCCUCCUCCCAUGCCCUCUCCCUGCACAUUUCUUUACCUUGGAGCCUCUCCCAUCUCUCCCUCCCUCUUUCUCCCUCCCCCAGCCUCCAAUCACCCCACUUCUUCCCCUCCCCUUACUUUCCUCCCUCCCCUCUCUCCUCUCCUCCCCUCUGCGCCUCCCUCCCUCCUGGCCUUCCUUCCCUUCUCCGACUUUGCAGACCUCUCUUCCCCCAGGCCUCCCUCCUCCUCCUCUCCUCCCCCUCCGGGCUCCGGCUCUCCCAGGAGGCUACGACUCCGGGUGGAGCCACUGGUCCCGCAGGGAUCCCCGCGUCCUCGGUCGCCGCGUCCACGUCCCUCUCGCGUCCCCGCCCGGCGCCGCGCCCGCUCCUCUGAGUUCGGCCUCCGCGCGGUGCAGCGCAGUCUUAGGCCGCGAGACAAGCCCGACUUCAAUCUCUGCGAUGGCUAACGAAGCUUAUCCUUGUCCGUGUGACAUUGGCCACAGACUUGAGUAUGGAGGGCUAGGCCGCGAGGUUCAAAUCGAGCACAUCAAGGCUUAUGUCACCAAAUCCCCCGUUGAUGCAGGCAAAGCUGUGAUUGUCAUUCAAGACAUAUUUGGCUGGCAGUUGCCCAAUACCAGAUAUAUGGCUGACAUGAUCUCAGGAAAUGGAUACACAACCAUUGUUCCAGACUUCUUUGUAGGACAAGAGCCUUGGGACCCCUCUAGCGACUGGUCCACCUUCCCUGAGUGGGUGAAAACAAGAAAUGCCCAGCAGAUCGAUAGAGAGAUCAGUGCUGUCUUGAAGUAUCUGAAACAACAGUGUCAUGCCCAGAAAAUUGGCGUCGUGGGAUUCUGCUGGGGUGGAACUGCUGUCCAUCAUUUGAUGGUGAAAUACUCAGAAUUCAGGGCAGGGGUGUCUGUCUAUGGCAUCGUCAAGGAUUCUGAAGGCAUUUACAAUUUAAAGAACCCCACCUUGUUCAUUUUUGCCGAAAAUGAUGUUGUGAUUCCACUCGAGAACGUAUCUUUGCUGACCCAGAAGUUGAAAGAACACUGCAAAGUUGAAUAUCAAAUUAAAACAUUUUCUGGGCAGACUCAUGGGUUCGUGCAUCGGAAGAGAGAAGAUUGCUCACCUGCAGAUAAGCCCUACAUUGAUGAGGCGAGAAGGAAUUUAAUCGAGUGGCUGAACAAGUACAUGUAGCAAGAAUCAAGGGCAAGCCUUCCUAGAAUAGCUUUCAUCCCAAAAUUUGCUUGGAAAUACUUAGAUCAUUUAAUUUUCACUUUUAUAAAAUAAAUGUAGGAAUCCUAAAAUUAUUUCAUUUGAAACACAAAUUCAGUAGGAAAUAAUGCAUGAAAUGAUUUGAUUUUUAACAUGUACCUCAAAUCAUAAUUUAAAAACAAGGUCUGGGCCGGGCGCGGUGGCUCAAGCCUGUAAUCCCAGCACUUUGGGAGGCCGAGACGGGUGGAUCACGAGGUCAGAAGAUCGAGACCAUCCUGGCUAACACGGUGAAACCCCGUCUCUAC